AUGGACCCCGCAAAAUUGGCGAAGCUGCAGGCGCAGGCCGCGGCCAACAGGAUCGGUGGCAAGGGGACCAUGCGCCGUAAAAUCGUGCGCAAGACGAAGCCGUCGACCGCGCAGGACGACAAAAAGCUGCAGGGCGCGCUGAAGAAGCUGAACGUGCAGCCGAUCCCCGGAGUCGAGGAGGUGAACAUGUUUAGGGAAGAUGGGAACGUGCUGCACUUCUCCGCACCCAAAGUCCACGCUGCUGUUACCGCCAACACGUUCGCGGUCUACGGCACCGGCCAGGUCAAGGAGCUCACCGAGCUCGUGCCCGGCAUCCUCAACCAGCUCGGCCCCGACUCGCUCGCGUCACUGCGUAAGCUCGCGGAGUCCUACCAGGCCAUCCAGCAGAACCAGCAGCGGCCACCAAACGCGGCUGAUGACGAUGACGACGACGUGCCGACCUCCGAGCUCGAGGAGCUCAACUAG